GAUUCAUAUUAUCUUAGUUCAACAAACGAGGUAGACAUUUGACGAAAAGUCUGGAGACGAAACGACGUUAUAAACAACCGAGUGUUUAAUAGUGUAGGUUUUAUAACGAUAACAAUGAGGCCAUGGCUUGCAAGGAAAAGGAAAUUAAAAAACCGUGUGUGCUCUUGUUUUUGGCAAUGGUUAUUAGCCAAGUGACGUUUAUCAGUGCCAUCGAUUCUGAUUGCAAAGGAAAAGCUUUCUAUUGCCUCAAUUCAACUCACUUCAUGAUAUGCCUGGAUUUAGGCGACGGUGUUUCAACAACUGUAGAAGAUUUUAUAAUUCCGUGCCCACCACCGACAAUAUGUAUAGAAACCAACGAUUUUGAAUGCGAAUAUCACACAACGACCACUCUAAAACCAAUUCUGCAGAGUGAAGUACCUGUAACUGAAUUAAAUGCACAAACACGGGAUGACAGUGAUUAUACGACGUUUUUACCCUUUUGGUACAAUAAAGAGGAUUCUGUAAGGUCCGAAAAAUAUUACGAUAUAUUAGAUGAUCAGUUGACAACAAGAGAAACAUCACCUGAAACAUCGACGCAUCAAGAAUCCACAACUGAAACACAAAUAAAUGAUGAAAUGAAUAUAGAGAGAACGACAUUUACACAAGUGGAGAAGAGUACUCUACCUCCGACUUUUUAUACUAUAACAGAAGAUGUUACUAUAUCUAGUCAACAGGUAAAUGUAGUAGUAAACAAUAAAGUAUCAGACGGAUAUGAUAAUCAUUUUGAUACUGUGAGAACAACUACUCUUUCAGAAAGUACUACACAAACUACAACGCGCUAUGAUGAAACUCAACCUACUUCUGGCUAUAUCGAUGAACAUAUUUCCAGCAAUAAUAUCAUAAGCACUAAAGAAGAACCUCCAAUACUAAAUUUUUAUACAUAUCAAGAAGAAACCACUACAUAUGCACCUCUAAAUUUAGAUUUUUGGCCAGAUGGAAUAACUCAAACCACAAAUUUUGCAUCAGAUAAGCUGACGACAACAGUGCAAGAGACAAAAAAUGAGGAAAUUAAAGGAACAACUAACAGAGAAAUAAGUUACUCGUUGACUACAGAGAUAGAGAAAUAUUUGAAUACUUAUUCAGAUUAUGUAGAUACAUUUAGUCCAAUAACUUCAUUUCAGGAGGCAGGGAAGAUGCCCAACGAAGUAACUAACACUAAAAGGAAUUAUGAAAUAACUACAGAGUUGCAUAAUUACAUAAAUAACAAUAAAUUUGACACAACGACCCCAUCAGUAACACUUCAACAGGAAAAUAGGAUAGUUAAAGAUGUAUUCACGACUAAUAUAACUGAUGCUUCAAAUACAGAGGACUAUGUAUAUAAUAAUUCAAUACCGAAAAUUCCAGAAGAAGAUACUACAGUGAAUUAUGGGAAAACCGAAGACACUGCAAUUAAUCAUAGUAAUACUAUCGAUGCCAAUAUAAAUUACAUAAAUAACAAUAAAUUUGACACAACGACCCCAUCAGUAACACUUCAACAGGAAAAUAAGAUAGUUAAAGAUGUAUUCACGACUAAUAUAACUGAUGCUUCAAAUACAGAGGACUAUGUAUAUAAUAAUUCAAUACCGAAAAUUCCAGAAGAAGAUACUACAGUGAAUUAUGGGAAAACCGAAGACACUGCAAUUAAUCAUAGUAAUACUAUCGAUGCCAAUAUAAAUUACAUAAAUAACAAUAAAUUUGACACAACGACCCCAUCAGUAACACUUCAACAGGAAAAUAGGAUAGUUAAAUAUGUAUUCACGACUAAUAUAACUGAUGCUUCAAAUACAGAGGACUAUGUAUAUUAUAAUUCAAUACCGAAAAUUCCAGAAGAAGAUACUACAAUGAAUUAUGGGAAAACCGAAGACACUGCAAUUAAUCAUAGUAAUACUAUCGAUGCCAAUUUAAAUUACAUAAAUAACAAUAAAUUUGACACAACGACCCCAUCAGUAACACUUCAACAGGAAAAUAGGAUAGUUAAAGAUGUAUUCACGACUAAUAUAACUGAUGCUUCAAAUACAGAGGACUAUGUAUAUAAUAAUUCAAUACCGAAAAUUCCAGAAGAAGAUACUACAAUGAUUUAUGGGAAAACCGAAGACACUGCAAUUAAUCAUAGUAAUACUAUCGAUGCCAAUAUAAAUUACAUAAAUAACAAUAAAUUUGACACAACGACCCCAUCAGUAACACUUCAACAGGAAAAUAGGAUAGUUAAAGAUGUAUUCACGACUAAUAUAACUGAUGCUUCAAAUACAGAGGACUAUGUAUAUAAUAAUUCAAUACCGAAAAUUCCAGAAGAAGAUACUACAGUGAAUUAUGGGAAAACCGAAGACACUGCAAUUAAUCAUAGUAGUACUAUCGAUGGCAAUAUAAAUUAUCCAACGACUACAGAUAUACAUGAAUAUAUAAAUAAUAUAGUUAGUACAACAAAAGAAAAUAUAAUUAAUGAUGAAUAUGAGGCAAAAUACUUUCCAAAGUCUACGACUAUAAUAGACGAGAGUUCUUUUAUAGGCAUUAAAUAUAUGACACGACCAUAUGUAUCGCAAAUAUUUAAUAACGAUGUUAAUCAAAUAACAUAUAAGGAAGAAGAAAAUACGCAUUCAAGUAGCUUUUCACCAAAUGCAAAUAUCAAUGUUAUAUUAAAAAAUAGUCAGGAUAUUACUACCAGUACUGAUGUAUCGUAUGGAAAUUUAAUGGUGAACGAAAUGUCAUCUCAAACCGAUAAAAAUUUCUCGGAGAUAAAACAAACAACUUCAAAAGUUCCAGUUACAGGUUAUAUAAUGCAAGAUAAUACAAGUCCCUAUAAUCCUAAAGGAACGAUUCAAAACGACGAGAAAUCUCUAGUCAGCAUUGAAAAUAUAACUGUAUUGAAUGACAUUGUGUCAUCUUCGACAAAGGAUGAUUUAAAAGAGAUAAAUUUAGAAUCAACCGAUCCAUUAGAUUAUCAAAUUUCCACAGAUAGUUCACUCUUAUCGCCAAUCGAAACUCCGUCCAUUAUUAAAGAUAAUUUAAUCGUUCCUAUAUUCUCAGCCCUAGAUAAUGUAACUGAAAUCAAAAUAAAUGAUACCAUUAUUUCUGGAAAGUAUAACAACCAUAAUAUGAAACAGAGCAACUAUAAAAACCAAGACAAAACAAAUCCGAACUUUUAUACUACUUUCACACAAUCAAAUGCUCCUACUAGUUCUUCACCGGGUUAUGCCUACGACACAACCUUGCCUGAUUUAGUGAAUCCAAAAACAACAUCUUCAGAAUUAAUAAGUGAUAUGAAAACUAUGGACACUUAUAUAAAAGAAACUGCAAUCAGUGAACAAAGAAACACAGACGUUUAUACUUUCAGUAUCGAAGAUCGUACUAAAAGAACGGAAUUAACGACUUCACCCUGGCUAAAGAAUACUGAAAGUAAUAACAACCAAUACGAAAUUACAAAGGAGAUGAAUGUGAUAUAUCAUGACAAAAUCCCUGAUGCUGCCUCUACAACGCCAUCAAUAUUUGAUCUAAAUAACUUAGAAACAGUGACAAUAGACGAUAAGAACAAUUUAGAGAAAACUGUAACAAAACCUUCAACUGAAUUGAAAUCAACACUAUCUAUAUCACAAGAUGGGUCGAGUGCAAACAAUUUAUUUACAUUUACUAAUGACAUGUUUACUACUUCAUAUGUGAACGCUACUGAAAGUUAUGCACUUAGUAAUUUUCAAGAUAACGGAAUCACAGAGAGUGCAAAUUAUAUACAAGAAUCAAAACCAACAAAUAAGACAAAGUAUGAAGAUAAACACUCCUCUUUUGUUGGAAAUACUUACCCAACGGUUAAUAAAUUGCCAGAUAAUAUUCCAGACAUAACAACUGAAACAAUUCAUAAGUUAUCAACGAGGGUGCCGUCAGUUCCAAUAAUUGCGAUAAUUAAUGGCAGUAAGAAAGUUGCUAGAUACUCUGAAGAUUCAAAGAUUGAAGGUGCAGGUGAUGCGAUUAAAUUACCUGCUAUGGAAGUUAAUAAUACUAACGCUACAAGAAACAAAACAGUAGUUGUAAGUAACAGUGCGAAAACGCUAAAUUCAUCGCUUCUGAAUAGUAAAGUACCUGUAAUAUCAAAUGCGUCAAAUAUAAAUAACGCUGCGGAAAUGAAAUCACCAUCUAUUGCAUUGGCUCAUAACAUAUCUUUAGAUAGACAUGAAACUAUAGGAAAUAAGCAAAGCGUUUAUCCAAAUAUACAAGAAAAAAAAGAAACCGUCUCAGUACAGAUUAAUCAGCCUUGCAACAAAACUAUACCUGAUACGACAAAUCGAAGUAACAAAACAUCACCUACCAUUACUUCAGAACAAUUAAAUUUAACUUGUUUGAAUCGAUACAGCGGUAAAUAUCCAGAUCAAAACAACUGCCAAACUUUCUACAUGUGUAUUGGAACAAUGAGUCCUAUAGUGGGUCAUUGCCCUCAAAAUUCCGUAUUCAGUGACAUCCUAAACCAGUGCACUCGAAAUUUAUCCCAUUGUGUAAGAAACAACGAGUUUCAAUGUGUUUCUCCAGGAAGGUUCAGUGAUCUUUGGAGUAGAGACACUUAUUAUAUUUGUGUAAGACACAAAAGCAAGUUUGUAAGGUUUAGGCUAAGGUGCCAAAAAGGAUACAUUUUAAAUAGAACGUCCAUAACAUGUGUUGAGGAUCCUGUUAUUGAAAAGCAGUCAUUUACAUUGGAAUCAUAUUCAACAUCAAGCAGUAGUAGUAGCUCGGAUUCUAAAUCAGGCCAAAUUGAAAGCAAUACAGAUGUUGAAUUUAAAUGCAAAAAAGAGGGGGUUUUUCCUGAUCCUAACCAUUGUAGGAAAUACUACGUUUGUAAAAAGAUAUCGAAAUCGAAAAUUCGACUUAAGAAGAAAAACUGCGAUUCGGAUGAGGUUUUUAAUAAAAAGAAGAAAAAAUGUGUCGAUGAAGAUAGCUAUGAAUGUGAAACAUAAGUGUACACAAAUCUUUUAUUUAUUGUAAUUUACUAUUUAACGUUGGGUAAAAUAUAAUUCGUUAUAAUUGUUAAA